CAAGAUGUAACACUGAAGUAACAAGGCCAAUAGCACUUGUUUGCGCCUUCAACAUUCUACAAUACUUUCGUAGCAAGAACUGUCAGGUUAGUAUGUCUACACUGUCCUUAUUAGUUUUGAAAAACUCCCUACCUCUGACUAUUUACUUCUACUGUAAAUAAUUUACUUCUACUGUAAAUAAUACUGUAUAUUAAAGAAUCGUUCACGAGAGCAACUUAAAAGCCACAGGCAAACAGGGUUUGUCUGCGCGAGUGCAGAAACUGGCUAGGCCUCUGAGCGUCGCUGUUGACCACCUAAGGAGGAAAAGGCAGCCAACCAAUCCCACUGAAGGGCUGGCACAGCACAAAAGGGCUGGCGGUUUGUCCGCAGCUUCCGGUCCGAGAGAACUUAAGGAAAUUCAUUCCUGCCGCCGCCCGAUGGUUCUCUCUCCUGGGUGACCUGGGACCGGUAAAUACCGGUCGUCUCAAACCCUGGGGGAUAAGGACAGGACUCCCUCACGGUGCUGGAAGCUGGUUCGGAGCAGACUCGGCUGCAGAAGGAAUGGCGACGCUGCAAAAGCUCCCCCAGUGCAGAAUGCUAGUCCUGCUGUGCGCCCUUUGGGCCGCCUUUUGGGAGGCCAGAGCUGGACAGAUCCGCUACUCCGUGCCAGAAGAGAUCGACAAAGGCUCCUUCGUGGGCAGCAUCGCCAAGGACCUGGGACUGGAGCCCCAGGCUCUGGCAGAACGAGGGGUCCGCAUCGUCUCCAGAGGUAGGUCGCAGCUCUUUGCUCUGAACCCGCGAAGCGGCAGCUUGGUCACCGCAGGCAGAAUAGACCGGGAAGAGCUGUGCGCUCAGAGCGCGCCCUGUCUGGUGAACUUUAACCUUUUACUGGAAGAUAAAUUAACUAUUUAUUCCGUAGAGGUGGAGGUAACAGAUGUUAAUGACAAUGCCCCUCGCUUUGGAGUAGAGGAGCCGGAACUAAAAAUCAGUGAAACGACUACACCAGGAUUCCGGAUUCCUCUUAAGAAUGCGCAUGAUGCAGACGUUGGAGAGAACACCCUCAAGAAGUAUGAACUCAACUCAAAUGACCACUUCUCUCUGGACGUGCGAACUGGGGCCGAUGGCAACAAGUACCCAGAGCUGGUGCUGGAGCGUGCCUUGGACCGCGAGGAAGAGGCUGUUCACCAUCUGGUUCUAGUAGCCUCGGACGGGGGCAAUCCAGUGCGAUCUGGCACCUGCCGCAUCCGUGUGAAGGUCCUGGAUGCAAAUGAUAACGCCCCUGUUUUUACACAGCCCGAGUACCGAGUGAGCGUUCCUGAGAAUAUGCCCAUAGGUACUCAGAUACUCACAGUGACGGCCACAGACCCAGAUGAAGGAUACAAUGCUCAAGUGACUUAUUUUCAGGAGCAAGCCCCUGGAGAAAACGCAGACGCAUUUGAGCUAAAGUCAACAUCUGGAGAGAUAACAAUCACAAAAAGUCUGGACUAUGAGAAAGCUAAGUUCCAUGAAAUCGAUAUCGAAGCUCAGGAUGGCCCUGGCCUUCUGACGAGGACGAAAGUUCUCGUCACCGUCCUAGAUGUUAAUGACAAUGCCCCGGAAUUUGACAUGACGUCUGCCACUGCGCCUGUGCCUGAAGACUCACCUCCGGGAACCGUGAUCGCACUUUUCAACGUGCACGAUAGGGACUCUGGGCAGAAUGCCGCUGUCACGUGUUCACUUCCUGAGAUGCUGCCUUUCAAGUUAGAAAGGUCAGUGGACACCUACUACCGCCUGGUUACAACCAGGGCCCUUGACAGGGAACAGUCCUCCUUUUACAACAUCACGCUAAGUGCUAAAGACAAAGGGAACCCAUCUCUGUCCACGGAUGCGCACCUCUUCCUGCAGGUGGCAGAUAUCAACGACAACCCACCCUCCUUCCCCCGGCGAUCCUAUUCUGCCUACCUUCCUGAAAACAACCCCAGAGGCACCUCCAUCUUUUCCGUGCUGGCCUAUGACCCUGACAGUAAUGAGAAUGCCCGUGUAACCUACUCUUUAGCUGACGAUACCUUCCAAGGAGCGCCCCUGUCCUCCUACGUCUCCAUCAACUCUGACACCGGAGUCCUCUAUGCUCUCCGCUCCUUUGACUAUGAGCAGUUCCAAGACUUACAGCUGUGGGUGAUGGCAGUGGACAGCGGGAACCCUCCACUGAGUAGCAAUGUGUCAUUGAGCCUGUUCUUGGUGGACCAGAAUGACAACAUGCCUGAGAUCCUUUACCCUGCCCUCCCCACAGACGGGUCCACUGGUGUGGAAUUAGCACCCCGCUCUGCAGACCCUGGGUACCUGGUGACCAAGGUGGUGGCGGUGGACAAAGACUCAGGACAGAACGCCUGGCUAUCCUACCGCCUGCUCAAGGCCAGCGAGCCGGGGCUCUUUUUAGUGGGGCUGCACACAGGUGAGGUGCGCACGGCUAGGGCCUUCCUGGACAGAGAUGCUCUGAAGCAGAACCUGGUGGUGUCUGUGCAGGACCACGGCCAGCCCCCUCUCUCGGCCACAGUCACCCUCACCAUAGCAGUGGCAGACAGCAUCCCUGAAGUGCUGGCUGACCUGGGCAGCAUCAGGACACCUGCCAACUCUGAUGAUUCCGAACUCACACUGUACCUGGUGGUGGCAGUGGCUGUGGUCUCCUGUGUCUUCCUUGCCUUUGUCAUUGUGCUGCUGGCUCUCAGGCUGAGGCGUUGGCAUAUGUCUCGAAUGCUUCAGGCUUCAAGAGAUGGGUUAGGGGGCAUCCCUGCCUCGCACUUCGUGGGAGUGGACGGGGUACGUGCUUUCCUGCAGACCUAUUCCCAUGAAGUCUCACUCACCGCAGACUCGGGGAAAAGCCACAUCAUCUUCCCUCAACCAAACUAUGCAGACACUCUCAUCAGCCAAGAGAGCUGUGAAAAAAACGAUUUUCUUUCAGCACCCCAAUCUCUACUUGACGAUAAACGAGAAGAAACUGCCCAGGUAAAUAAUUUUUUUUGAAAUAUGCUCGUGUUGUUUUGCUAAGUGUACCUGUUUGUUUAGUUGCACCGGGUGUUUAAUGUAUGUAUUUUACUCCUGUGUUUCCUUGAGGAUGAACUGAAGUUUAGGUGAACCCAGGUGAACUAUUCCUAGGCGGUUUUAACUGCUCAUGGGCUAUAAUGGAAGUUUAAAUCAUGGAAUGAAUGAAAAUCAAGGCUUGGUAGUUGAUGGUAAAUUCAGCUCAUCAAAAGAUUACUGUUAGAAACUGGGUUGGUUUCUUGUUCUUCUAUUUCUGAGACAAAUCCUUGUAUGUACUUGCAUCAGUGAUUCUUUUUUAAAAACAGAAAGAUUGGAGCUGGCGAUCAGUGGUAGUGUACCUACCUACCAUGCACUUGGCCUUGAGAUGGGUUCCCAGCACUUCAAUGUGUGUAUUAUACUCUGUGUGUGCUAUCUGCAAUGUAUGCAUUAGAUUUUACAUUAAUUGAAGACUUCCCUCUUUAAAAUGUAAGGCCUGUUCUGUAUUUUAA